CUGUUUUCUUCAGCAUCUCUCCGGUCAGCCCCGCUGAUUUCUUUGUCUCUCGCCGACAUGGAUGCUGCCACCAGAAAAAUAAGUCGUCGGGUUCCACUCGAGUCUCGACAACGCACGCAGCAUAGCUGUGAUCGGUGUAAGUCGAGGAAACAAAAAUGUCAUCAGGUUCCGGGAGAAGACCGCUGUCGGCACUGCGAGCGCUAUAACUAUGAUUGUACCACCAAUAAGCCGCGAAAACAAAGAAUCUAUGGCAGUGUAGACCUUGUGCGUUCCCGAAUUGAAGCGCUGGAGGGACUGGUGAAGAAGCUCAUUCCGGAUGCAGACCUCUCCUCUGUCGACAGCAUGCGGGAAAUCGAACGGUCGCUGAACAAUUCACUCCCAGAAAUGGGGUGCAGCAAGUCUCGUUCUCCACAGCCUCAGUCAAUCCAGGAGAAGCAACCAGACUCGGUGGAUCUGAAUGAAGAGCUGGUGAAGGAUCAGCAGGGCCAGGAGCAGUAUAUCGGUCCGGCAAGCUCCUACUUCUUUCAGAUGAAACUUCGAACCCUCCUGGGGAGCCAUCGCCAAGGUCCAAAGUGUCAUAUGUUACUCUUCGGUCGCAAUCCUUCCGAGGAGAACUUGAUGGGAUCUGCAUAUGCAGUCCUCACGGAAACCGAGAUUCGAGAAAUUCCAAUGCCCUCGCAAAUGGGUGUCGGCGUCGGGGCUGUCCCCUACCCAGUGCCCUUGCUUGACACUACUGUCAUUGAUGGGCUCAUUCGGGCCUAUUUCGAUUACGUCAAUGUCGAUUUCCCUAUCCUGCAUGAGGCUUCCUUCCUGCACACGUUUGACAUAUGGCGGGUUUCUCCUCAUUCAGUUGAACGACCAUGGGUGUGUGGUCUUCUAUGUGUAUUGAUCCUGGGUCGACGAAUUAGCCCGCUUGGAACGGCUGAGACUCAGCAGCAGAAGUGGUGGACUCACAUCGAAUUGAUCCUACCCAGCAUAAUCUUCACAUCCAAUAUUCACUCAAUCCAGGCAUUCAUGCUAGCUGCUCUGCAUUUGCAUAACACGAACCACCGUGAUGCAUGCUGGACACUGACUGGAGCGGCGGCCCGCAUCGCAAUUGCCAUUGGACUUCAUCGGGACGAAACCAUCUGCAAGGGCCCGCGGCUAGCUCAGGAGCUCAGGAAAUCACUUUGGUGGACACUGUACAGCUUUGAGCAGAUACAGGUCUCCUCUCAUGACCGGCCUAGCGCUAUAGAAGACACACUGUGCUCCACCACAUCGCCCCAUGAGAGGACUCUGGGCGUAGGAACCCCCUACUGGCCCCCGGAUUACACAAUCUGGUCGACACAGCUUGUAUCCAUCUUGAGCCGCGUAUGCCGCGCACUGCCGAAUGCCACGAGCGAAGCUGGCCUCGCUGCUCUCCUCUCCCCCGUGUCUGGGUUGCUUGGGGAUCUAGCCCGAUGGCAUGAUUCGCUACCACAGCACCUGUCUCUCAGUGUACUCGACAUCCUGCCGAAUGAAUACGUGAGACCGGUUCUCCUGCUGCAUAUCCAGUAUCAUUACACUGUCUCUUUGCUCACUCGCUACUCCUUGUUGCGAUAUCUUGGUACCAGAUCCGAAAUGUUGUCCGCGGAGCCGAAGCAAAGAAUUAUCGAGACGGCAGCCAAGAUUUGUUGCGAAUCUGGCCGCAAAAGCUGCGAGCUGUUGUUGCAGCUGGAUGCACGUGGGAAGUUCAAUGCCGUGACUUGGUGGGAUAUCUAUUUCGUAUACUCAUCAACAUUGGUCCUGACGGUGAGCAUCAUGUGGGAUCGAGCAACUCGGCAAUGUGAGGCUCCUGAUAAUGGAGCACUUUCUCUGCUCCACGAUUGCGCUGCUGUUGUUACCCUUCACUCACUCAAUCCCAUGGUCCCGGGUACUAUGCGUCGCUGGAUCGGAAUCAUCUGUGAUCUUGACGUUCUUGCACACGAGAAGCUGGGUCCAGCACCGAAGGUACCUUUCAACAACCAGAGUGAAUUUAUCUCUUAUCCGAGCACAGCGAAUGCCAUUGUCGAUCCCGCUCCAUCAAACUUCGGGACAAUUCCACCUUAUUAUAACAAUGGGGCGGGAAUGCAGUCAAGCGUCGAGCAAUACUAUCCCCCAAUGAAUCAACCGAUGAUGUCUUCGCAUGAAAUCCACAAUAACCCGGUACUGGAGAUGCCAUAUAUGAACGAUAACAAUGGGUAUGUCUCCUGGGACUCAAUCGAAAGUAUGUUACUGGGGGCGGAGGCAUAUAAUCCUCCGUUUGACUGGAGGAUGUGAGAUCCGUUUAUGUUGAGGGUGGUCAGGAGUAAAUGGCGACCUGGAUGAAGACGUCUGCGAAAGGUUGAAGCAAGCCUGUUCGGAUGUUGGUGUGGAAACAUUCCUAUUUUUUCCUUGAGUACAACGUGUAAAUACUUUCCUAUGUUGAGUUAUGUCGUUAAGUGUCCUUACCCAGAAAUCCCCUGAGUUUUUC